CUAGUGAGAGUCAGCGCGGGUAUAAGAGCGCAAAACACAAUCAGUGUUCAAAUAGUUAUUUAUUUAUAAUGAAUUAGAAGUAUCAAACGUUUCCUCUUUUUGGAGCCCUCUUCAGCGAAAUUACAAAUAGAAAAAAAUUAUUUUAAUCGUCAUCUUCAACGCAAUUACAAGUGGAAGCUAUUCUAAUCGUCAUUUAAUUGUUGUUUCGGAUCAAUCUUACUUAUAUUGCAUUCAAUGUUUUGAAUAAGUUUCAUCGUCACUUUAUCAAUCCGCUGCAUCGGGAAAAAAAAAUUUUCGCCGAGUUGCAACAAACAUUGUACAUCAUGGGGAAUGGCAUUAGAAGUCAAGUUGACAAACCAUUUGUUUUUUACUGUAUUAAGUGAAGAUUUGAAAAAGUUAACAUCAAAAGAAUUGGCUUCUAUUUCUAUUUUAACAACUUAUUUAUCCGGAAAGAAAUUCAUAAUAGUAACGUCACGAGCAGCCUUAGAAUGUUAUCAUCCUUAUUAUUGAUUACUUUAAUAUUGUUUACAUAUUCAUCUUACACACACUGAAUAUUUACGUUAUGCCUACACUUGUUUCCUCAUCAGAUUAUAAUAAUUUGACUUAAUAUUUGUAUAUAUAUUUUCAGCUGUUCUCAUCGCCGACAUACCGACACUGCUUACGAACGGAGAGUAGUAUGACACAGAUUUAGAGUGAAAGAAGAUUAAUACAAGUUUUCUACAGUCAAGAUGUUUGCUCAGUUUGAAAGUGUCAACGGUCCUAUAACGCGGGAAUCCGCGAUCGAAAAUGAAGUACCGCUACCAUAUGUCGAUAAUGAUAUUGUCAUUACGGGAAUAUCAGGUCGUCUGCCUGAAUCAGCUAAUAUCGACGAAUUCAAAAAAAAUUUAAUGAGCGAAAUAGAUAUGGUGACGGAUGACGAGCGCCGUUGGCCAAGGGGCCUACAUGGGCUACCAGCCAGAUUUGCAAAAAUCAAGGACCUCAGCAGCUUUGAUGCAGCUUUUUUUGGAAUACAUCCCAAGCAGGCACAUGUAAUGGAUCCGCAGCUUCGUCUAUUGUUAGAAGCCACGUAUGAAGCGAUAAUUGACGCUGGCAUCAAUCCUACGACCGUGAGAGGAUCGCGUACCGGCGUUUUUGUUGGUAUUUCUUCCUCGGAAUCGGAUGAAUUCUGGAUGCGAGAUGCAGAGACCAUAAAUGGAUACAAUCUACUUGGCAGUUCCAGAUCUAUGUUUGCCAACAGAGUCUCAUAUUCAUUUGAUUUUACCGGACCAAGUUACUCGUUAGAUACCGCUUGUUCUUCAUCAUUAUACGCUACACAUAAUGCUGUAAAUGCAAUACGAGCUGGCGAAUGCGAUGCUGCAAUCGUGGGUGGACUGAAUCUCGUGCUAAAACCCAACUAUGCUUUACAAGCAUUAAAAUUAAACAUGCUGUCUCAGGAUGGCAAAUGCAAAACGUUCGACGUUUCAGCUAACGGUUACGUGAAAGCAGAGGCUGUUGUAGCGAUAUAUUUGCAGAAAGCAAAAGAUGCACGUCGAGUGUACGCAACGGUGAUUCGAACGAAAACAAAUACCGACGGCUACAAAUCCCAGGGUAUUACGUAUCCCAAUGAUGAAAUGCAGAAUCAAUUGUUGCGUGACAUCUAUACCGAGGCAGGAAUUAAUCCCGCGGACGUGAGUUACGUGGAGGCUCACGGUACCGGUACAAAAGUAGGAGACAAAGUGGAGGUAACUGCUAUCGAGAAACUGUUUUGCAAAGACCGGAAGACUCCUUUGCUAAUUGGCUCAGUCAAAUCCAAUAUGGGUCACUCUGAACCGGCCAGUGGAUUAUGCUCUAUCGCCAAAGUACUAAUCGCGAUGGAAGCAGGCGUGAUACCCGGCAAUUUGCAUUUUAAUACUCCGAAUCCAGACAUUCCAGCCUUGAAAGAGGGACGCAUUCGAGUAGUCGACAAGGCCACACCGUGGAACGGUGGUUUCAUAGGUAUUAAUUCAAUUGGCUUCGGUGGCACAAACGCGCAUAUCAUUCUCCGCAACAAUCCAAAACCAAAACCAUCACUGUUAUUGCGCAUCGCCGAAUCGUUGCCGAAAUUGGUUGCUGUAUCAGGUCGAACAAAGGAAGCGGUGCACGUCUUACUGGAUAAAGCAAAAGAGCAUCGUAAUGACGAUGAGUUUCUCUCAUUGUUAAGAAUGAUUCAUAAUACUAAUAUUUCCGGCCAUGAGAUUCGCGGCUACGAGAUACUUAACAUCGAUGGUACACGUGAAAUGACUGAAAUAACAAGCUCUCAAGAGCGACGUCCAAUUUGGUUUGUAUUUUCUGGUAUGGGCACGCAAUGGGCGGGCAUGGGCCAUCAAUUGUUUGGCAUUGAAAUUUUUCAACGUAGUUUGCGACGAUGCGCGGACGCGUUGGCACCCCAUGGCAUCGACCUCAUGAAUAUCAUCACGAACGCCACGGACGAGACGUUCGAGAAUGUACUAAAUUCUUUCGUGACUAUCACGUCUAUGCAGGUUGCUUUCGUGGAUAUUUUAACGUCGAUAGAUAUAUCGCCGGACGGUAUAAUCGGACACUCCAUUGGAGAAUUGGGUUGUGCUUAUGCUGACGGUGCGUUUACACUAGAGCAAACUGUUUUAGCGGCUUACUCUAGAGGCAAGGCGAUUAUGGAGUCCAAGUUGGAACCGGGCGUUAUGGCGGCAGUUGGUUUGAGUUGGGAGGAGAUCAAAAAAAUGUGCCCACCCGAUAUCGUUCCAGCUUGUCACAACGCCGCGGACUCGAUCACUAUUUCCGGUCCGCCUGAGUCUAUGCGAAAAUUUGCAGAAACGCUCAAGAGCAAAGAUAUCUUCGUAAAGAUGGUGAAAAGUUCCGGCUACGCCUUUCACAGCAAAUACAUCGCCUCAGCCGGGCCUAAGCUACGCGCUUCGCUCGACAAUAUCAUCCCGAAUCCAAAGCAAAGAUCAGCCAGAUGGAUUUCCAGUUCCAUACCCGAGUUUGCAUGGAGCAGUCCGCUGGCGCAAUCUAGCUCGUCUGCGUAUCACGUAAAUAAUUUACUCUCUCCUGUGCUCUUCCACGAAGCGAUCGCGCAUAUUCCAGAGAACGCGAUAACAAUCGAAAUUGCACCACAUUGUUUGCUACAGGCAAUUUUACGGAGAUCGUUACCACCAACGGUGACAAAUAUCAGCCUUCAUAAACGGGAUCAUUCGAACAACCUGGUCUUUUUGUUGUCUAAUGUGGGUAAACUGUAUAAUGCUGGUGCCCAACCUAAUAUUUUCAAAUUAUAUCCGUCGAUAAGUUUUCCGGUCGGUCGAGGAACACCAAUGAUCGGGCCUCUAGUCAAAUGGGAUCAUACCACCGCGUGGGAUGUGGCUUCUUUCAAUCAGAUAUCGAACCUCUCGGGAGAGUGUAUCGUUAAGAUAGAUCUAUCGAAAGAAACGGACGCGUAUCUAGCUGGACAUCAGAUAGACGGACGAGUCCUUUUCCCAGCCACUGGCUAUAUUCUGUUAGUAUGGAAAACUUUGGCGAAACUGCGUGGCACCGAUUUUGAAAGAUUGCCGGUGGUAUUCAAGAACGUGCACUUUCAGCGAGCAAUUGUUAUGCCAAAAGAGGGAAUGAUGAAAUUCUCGAUAACCAUCUUCGAGGGAACGGGCGACUUUGAAAUCUGUGAAGCCGGUACAAUCGUCGUCAGUGGAAAUGUCCACGCGUCCAAGGCUAUCGAGAAAGAUCAACUGAAGCUGCCGCCACCACCAAUACCGCCUACCGACAACGAGAUUUUGCCAUUGAACGCCAAAGACAUUUAUAAGGAAUUGAAGUUGCGCGGGUACGAGUAUCGUGAUAUCUUUCAAGGAAUCAAAUCUUGCGAUAACUACGGCGUUGCUGGUCAAUUGUACUGGUUCAAUCAAUGGAUUCCGUACAUAGACACUAUGAUUCAGUUCAGCAUAAUGUCCACUAGCCAUAGACUAAUGUAUUUACCGACGCGUCUCCAAUACGCCGCGAUCGAUCCUAUUCUUCAUAAACGACUGGUGGAAGAAUUACCAGAAAAUGGUGGAUUACCGGUGUAUCACUAUAAGGACAUCGAUAUUGUUAAAUCGGGUGGUAUCGAGCUCAGAGGAUUAAAAUCUUCUUUGGCACCUCGACGACAGCAGACUCAAGCCGAUCCUAAAUAUGAACAAUACACUUUCGUGCCCUAUGAAAAUUCGCAAAAUCUAGUAAAGGAUCCAAAGAGAGGAAAAAUACACGCACUCACUGUUCUUUUGCAAAUUAUAUGUGAGAACACGAUGGCGUUAAAACUGAAAAUCAUGGAGAUUGCGGGCGAACGAGCUGCGGAAGCUCUUUUGGCGCCGCUUAUAUUUGACAUUUUUAAUGGUGAACUAGGCUCGCCUAUCAUUGAUUUACAAGUAAUCGCAGUUUCUGUCGACAAUUACAUAGAGAGUUUGAGUCAAAUGAACGUGAAUGCAAACGUCGUAACGCGAGACGUGAAGUCUGCACCUCUCGCUCAGGAUAUGCACCUCGUCAUAGCAGCGGAUAUUUUGUCGAAUCAGUCUGAUAUUAUUCUCAAAAAUUUGGUCGCUAGUUUAAAACCUGGUGGUUUCAUUCUUCUGCAGGAGACCGCUGUACAACUGGAUUUGAAGAUCGCGUUGAAGGAAACUAAUUUAACGUUGGCCGGAAAACAAAUCGAUCCGGUAGGAAAAACAUACUUGCUGCUAAAGAUACGGGAAGAAAGGAAAGAACCGAUGGUCAUACAAAUCACAGAGAACAAUCUCUCGUGGCUGGAGGAUGUAAAAACAGCAUUGAAGAAAUCUGAUAGCGAGGAUCAAGAAGUGCUCCUUGUAUCCCAGGGCGAAGAAACGCUUGGCUUAGUCGGACUUAUGACUUGCAUACGGCGCGAGACAGGUGGUGCACAUGCGCGCUAUGUCUUCAUCCAAGACACGGAAGCUCCCAAGUUUGGCUUAUCCGUACGGUUUUACGUAGAACAAUUAAACAAAGGAUUGAUGGCCAAUGUGCUAAAAGGAGGACAAUGGGGCAGUUAUCGACACGUACAAUUAGAUGUAACUUUUAAACAGAUACAUCAUGUUUAUGCAAAUACGUUGAGGAGAGGAGACCUUAGCAGCUUGAAGUGGAUCGAAGGCCCACUUAAUUAUUAUCGAAAAUUUCCUAAUAAGAAACUUUGCGACGUAUAUUAUUCUUCAUUAAACUUCAGGGACAUCAUGUUGGCGAGUGGUAAACUAUCACCAGACAUCUUGCCACGAAAUAUGGCUACGAAAGAGUCCGUAUUAGGAUUCGAAUUCUCUGGGAGAGACGCUGACGGUCGUCGCGUGAUGGGCAUAGUUGAAGCUAAAGGAUUAGCCACCACUGUGGUAGUGGAUAUUAAUUUUCUUUGGGAGGUACCCGACAAGUGGACCUUGGAACAAGCCGCAACGAUACCGGUUGCUUACGCGACUAGUUAUUAUGCUCUAUUUAUACGGGGUCGAUUAGAAGCAGGCGAAAGCGUAUUAAUCCACGCUGGUACAGGCGGCGUCGGUCAAGCAGCGAUUUCCAUUGCUUUGCAUGCUGGUUGUAAUGUUUUCACUACCGUGGGUACGCCAGAAAAAAAAGAAUAUCUCAAGAAAGUCUUCCCGCAGUUGAAUGACAGGCACAUUGGCAAUUCUCGAGAUACGAGUUUUGAACAGUUGAUAAGCGUCGAGACACAAGGACGUGGAGUCGACGUUGUACUGAAUUCACUGGCAGAAGAGAAACUGCAAGCCGGCAUUCGAUGCCUCGCGUAUGGUGGCCGUUUCAUUGAAAUCGGCAAGUAUGAUUUGUCGAAUGACAGCCGUAUAGGAAUGUCAAUGUUUUUGAAAAAUAUAUCUUUCCAUGGUGUUUUGUUGGAUAUAUUAUUCGGAGAAGAUGUUGACGAAAAAGAAAGCGCGAUAAAAAAAAUACUGGUAAAACUCGUUUCGGAGGGAAUCGAGAAUGGCGCAGUACGUCCGCUCGACUCAACUGUCUUUUCAGAACAACAGCUUGAGCAGGGAUUCAGAUUUAUGGCGACGGGCAAUCACAUUGGCAAAGUGCUACUGAAAAUCCGUGAUGAGGAACCGAAGAAGCGCGUACCAAUGCCGAAGACAAUAGCCGCGAUUCGGCGUACUUACUUAAAUCCGGAAAAAUCAUACGUCUUGGUCGGCGGUCUCGGUGGAUUCGGUCUAGAACUGGCCGAUUGGAUGAUCAGCCGCGGCGCCAAAUUCAUCGUUCUCGUAUCGCGCUCAGGCAUACGCACCGGUUAUCAAGCAUUACAUGUGCGUCGCUGGCGCGAAAACGGCGUAAAAAUCGUUAUUUUCACGGAAAAUGUUACGAUAUUAUCCGGUGCCAAACGCUUGAUCCAAGAAAGCAAUCAGUUGGCUCCUGUUGGCGGCAUAUUUAAUUUGGCAGCCGUCCUACGUGACGCUCUCAUCGAAAACCUGGAAGAAGCCGAUUUCAAAACGAUUAUAUUACCAAAAAUCAAUAUUACAAGAAAUUUAGACGCGGUAUCGAGAAAGUUCUGCCUAUCGCUAGAUUAUUUUGUGGUAUUUUCGUCUCUAUCGAGUGGUCGCGGUAAUAUGGGUCAAACCAACUACGGUUUCGCAAACUCGGCCAUGGAGAGAAUGAUGGAAAAGAGGCAGGCUAAUGGCUUACCUGGUCUCGCCAUCCAAUGGGGUGCCAUCGGAGACGUUGGCUUAAUCAUGGAAAUGAUGGGAGGUAACGACGUCGAGGUGAGCGGUAGUAUACCGCAACAAAUAUCGAGUUGUCUCGCAACGAUGGAUAUAUUCCUUCAACAACCGCAUCCGGUGCUGGCUUCUUCGGUAUUAGCUAAAAAAUAUAAAUCCGACAAUGGCAACAAGACCAAUCUUAUCGCAAUCGUUACCAAUAUCUUAGGCAUUAAAGAUGUUGAUUCGAUUAAUCCCAAUAAUACCUUGGCCGACUUGGGUAUGGAUUCGUUAAUGGGCACGGAGAUAAAACAGAUUCUUGAAAGAAAUUACGAUAUCGCAUUAUCGGCGCAAAAGAUUCGUGCCUUAACCAUCGGUACAUUGCAAGAAUUAUCUAAUUGAUAGCAAUAGUUUAGAGUAGUGAUAUGCAGCAUCUUGUAAACUGAAAGCUAUUUUUAGAAAUAAGCAAAGUUUUGAGGGUCGCAUAAACACACGCGAGCGCGCACACA